ACUGUACUUCUUGCGGACAUCCAUGUCUUUCCCACAUGACACACUACAGUUUCUGCCCAGAGAGGCACGUGAACAAUUUCGAAAGGAAAACUUAUCCAAAACGCCUAUCACGUGUAGCCAGUUUUGCGCGGGCUAUCUGCAGGCUAACAUCGCCUGUGUGCCAUUUGAUUUGGCGGAUGACUUUGAAAGACUGUGUAUCACUAACAGCUCUCCAUUCCCCUUGCUCUACCGCAGUAAACCGGGAGAGGUCGGGGCCCCACCUUUGGCAUCAAAUUCGGAUGUAAGAACGGAUCUUCCCAUUUAUGCAGUCAGUGAAAAUGGAAUUCAUAUCGGAAUUAAGGAGAAUUUGUUGGAAAUUCCGUGGGAUGACAUGGUUACAUUCUACUUUGGUUGCAGUUAUUCAUUCGAUCAUUUCCUUGUCGCUGCAAAAGUUCCACUUCGUCAUAUGAUCAAAAAACAAGAUCCGUCGGUGUACCUAUGUGGAAUACCACUCAUUCCCCAGGGGCCUUUCUCAGGGAAUAUGAUCGUUACCAUGCGAGCAAUCCCACGGGAGUUUGUUCAGAAAGUGGUGGAGGUUUGCGUACCCUUGGAUUUUGCCCAUGGGGCUCCUAUUCAUAUAGGGGCGCCUGCAUUAAUCGGAAUAGAGGAAUUUCACAAUCCCCCCAUUGGAAAUAAGCCAAUGUAUGAUGAACAUGAUGUUUUUGUAUUCUGGGGCUGUGGAAUAUCUGGAAGUGAAGUAAUGGCGGCUGCGAAACCUCGUGUUGCAGUCAGUUUGUCAAUGAGAUGUUCAGGUUCACUUUUCAUCGCAGACUGCCUAGUGACAGAGUUUCUCCAACAACAUCCCUCAGAGCAGACUAGUCUGUCGCCAAAGGUGAUCUUUCUGUCAGAGUCGCCACAAUUUGCCUCCUUAGUCUCCCAAGAAGCCAUGGAUAAAAUUGUAAACGAAGAGAAUGAAUUCACAUCAAUCAAACCCAAAGUGUCAAGCAAUGGACUCCAAGAACGGGAGGACAAACUUUUGAAAUCAGCUUUGGCGCUUUCUCAUGCAUCAUAUGUUGCCAUAGUAACACUGCCGCAGGAAGGGGCAAAGCAAGAUUCCGAGAGACAGAUGUCGGCAGUUGUAUGUAUCGUUAAAGCACUUCUUGCACAAGAUAAGGAAAUGACAAUUAUAACGCAAAAGAACGUUGUUACAGAAUGGAAGACGUUUUUAGCUAAGUGUGAGUCGCAGAACAUCGUUUCCAAAUCUGUACCAGUUGUUCCAAUUGCUCCGACAACGAGGAAUUGGUCACGUGAUGUUUGUUCGGUCGUGGCUAUGGUAGUUGACGACCUCGGGUCCAGAUUCAGCUCUUCCAGUCUCAAUUCAAUGAUUUUCGUGAACGAACAAGGAAUGUUGACAGUGCAAAGUUUGCUUUCUUUGGGCGAAGAUGCAAAUAACGUCACGAAAGUCAAUGGAGAUCACGUGGUCGCGAACGGUCAACCAAUUGAAAGUAGUUGUUGGCUAAGCCCCUUCUUGGUUGCCAUGGGGACAUACAUUCUGCAGACGUGUCCCAUUCAUUCCAGAUAUGUGAGGCGUGGUCUAGGACUUCACAAUGUUAAGCCGGCAACGGAGUUCUUCGUUACUCCGAGCAACACUCUGGUCAUGGAGUGGCAAGAAGUCGAAUUUGUACAGAGAAUAUUAAAUGCAAAGAACUCGCCAAAGAUUUGAAGGAGCUCUUAUUCUCAAUUGUUAUAUUUUGAUGACUGGGAGAGGUGAUACAUUAUUGCAAUGCAACUCAGGAUUUGUUUUCAGUGGACUAGUUCAAGUCAAGGUCAAUAGUAAAUCCUUAAUGUGCGUAAUUUUACACGUGAUAAGUCUAGUGAAUCGUAGGUUUUCCCUCUUUGAAAGCGGGCUAUUACGCUCUGCCAGUUGAGCUUUUUCUCAGUCAGCCAGAUAACAACUUCCAAGGUUGGAAUACAAGAAGUGGCUGUUAAGGCAUUUCGCUCUCGAGUAACGAUAGAACAUAAGUGGAAUGAAUAUUGUGAUAAUAGCGGUAAAUAGAGCAAGAAAAAGAAGAAGAAGAUCUACAAUAAAAUCUUUGCAGUUCAGAA